CUCUAUCCAGCGGAAGUGCACUUCCGAACAGGUGAUACCGUGCGGCUCACGUGUGAUGUGAAGGGGCAUCCAAAAGCGGUUGUCAAGUGGAACGUGGCGCCUGCCUUGAGGGAUCGCGUGCACAUAAAUGGCUCCACACUGACUCUUCAUAAUGCCACGGCAGGAGAUGAACUGCAAGAACUCUCUUGCAUGGCAUCCAAUGCGGCGGGCAGCGACGUGAAGACAGCGACACUUCAGUACGUGGAUCCUCCGAAGAUCACCGUUCGCGAGGGCCCCGUUGUCACCGUCGUCAAAGGUUCGAACAGGGCACUCUCAUGCGUCGCUUCCGGCACGCCGCGGCCGCAGGCGCGCUGGUCCAAAGGUGGCCUGCCGGUCGCGAAAGGACUGCAGCCGGAUGGCUCGCUGCUCAUCGCCGGGGCAGGCGAGGCUGACGCCGGUGACUAUACCUGUGACGCCGUCAGUCCAGGCGGCACGGACAGCUACACCGUACGGGUCUACGUACUGCGUAAGUAA